AUGUCAUCAUCAUUAUCACAUUCACUUGGUUCUACGAGAGCUGUAACUGGUCUUGAUGAUUCAUUAUUUUCACCAAUUCAAAUAGAUAAUCUGCAAUAUUAUUAUAAUCAAUCAUCUGAAUCUGCCUCACAUUCAUCAGAUUAUGAUGAGGAUGUUGGAUAUAGUGAUGAAGUGGAAACAUCAGAUGAACAAGUACCCAUAUCUGCAUUAUACGAAGCUAAUGAUGCUCUUAUGAAUGUACUUAAAGCACAUAUUGAAUUGAUGGCAUCAACACAUCGUUAUAUUAAUCGAAAGAAAAAAAAUGAUUAUAAAAACUCACAGAAACAUGUUAUAAACGAUAAUAACAAUCAUCACUCAAAACAAGGUUUUAUUAUUGAUAAUCAAACACAACAUCACGAUACAAAAUUCAUAAAACGAACAAGAUCAAUACCCAAUGUAAAUUCGUCUCCCGAAAGAAAUACAUAUGAACUAUAUGAAGAAAUAAAUACAAUUAUCGAUAAAACAAAGUUUCCGAUAUCAAUUAUGGAAAAAUUUGUUCGACAAAAUCCACUUCUUUCACCUCCAUCCCAUUCAUCUUCAACAUCAAAUCCUAGUGAAAUGGGUGUAACAAAUCUUAUAUCAACACCAUUAUCACCUCCAUCAAUCACAUCACCAACAACGUCUUAUUCUCCUCCUCCACUUCCACGAGAUCUUACAUCACCUCGUCUAUCUGAAACAGCUGAAGUAACUGUCUAUCCAUCGUCUGUUAGUUUAAAAGGUCUUCUUUCUUAUCAAGAUGUGAUGAGUGCUAUUGAACGUGAAUUUCAUUUACAUGAAGGACAAGAACGUGAAAUUAUUAUGAAAUUAUGGUUAAAAGGACAAACAAUGAUAUCGAUUUUACAACGAUAUAGACAUUUAUUGCAAGAUCUUGAUUUAGAUGAUCAAGAUUUUUUAAAUGGAAUGAAACAAAUACGUGAAAUGAUUAAUUAUGCUGAUCGUGAUGUUCAUCAUCUUCGUGAACAAACAAUAAUGCUUGAAAAUCAAAAUCGUUUUCUUGAAAGUGAAUUUCAUCGACAAUUAGAUAAAAUUAUCAUGGAAAAAAAUGAACAAAUUAGUCGAUUAAUACAUAUUAUUGAUCAAACAUGUGCACCACCAGCUGAAUAUACAGAUCAUAUUAGAGAUAUUACACAUGCAACAGGAAAUCAUGAUCUUCUUGCACAAAAAUUUAUGCAAGAAAAUGUUGCAUUACAACGUGAAUUAGAAACUCUUCGUGCUAGACUUGAAUAUACAUUUACAUUACUAAAUGAAAAAUUAGAUCAAUAUGGUGGAUCAUCUCCAUCAUCAGUUAUUCAAACAGCUAUUGAUCAAAUGCGACAUUCUGAUGCUAAAUUACAAGAACUUCAAUUAAAAUCUUCAUUUCAACAAGAAGAAAAUGAUCUUCUUCGAUAUAUAAUGGAUAGAUCUCAACAUUCAUCAAAUCCUGAUGUAACACAAUUAUUUAGUAUUAUUGAACAACGUUCACUUGAACGUGAAUUACAUCGUGUUCGACAUGAACUUGAAAUAACUGAAAAUAAAAUUGUUGGUCUUGAACAAAAAUUUGAACAUUCCGAUGAAACUGUUAAAUUUAAUAUUGAAAGACUUAAAUUAAAAUGUGAUGUUUUACGUCAACAUAUUUUAACAUGUAAUCGACGAUUAAAUGAAGCUAUGAAACAAUUACCGGAUGAAUUUAUGGAUGAUAAUGAAAUAUCAAAACACGAAAAAAAUUUCGAAAUUAGAGGAAAUAAUACAAUUCAACUUGAAAAUGAACUUUCAUUAUUACGCGAACAGUAUAAUGAAUUACUUCAAUAUUCGAAUACUAUCAAAUUUGAAUUGGAUAAUGCAAGAAAACAAUUACAUGAACAAAAUACACUUGAUUCAAGUACUAUUCCAAAUGAUUCAUCGGAAUUAGAACAUGAACGUCGACGUUCUACUCAACUUGAAAAAGAUUUAAUAUCACUUAAAAUAAAAUAUGAAGAUGUAUGUGAACGUGUUACAGCUGCAACACUUCAACUUGAACGUGUACAAGUUGUACUUGAACAAACUUUACGUCGUUGUGAACAACUUGAAAAAGAAAAGCUACGCAAGAAACUGACGAACUAUCCACAAGCACAAUCUAGUGCUUUUUAUCACCCAUCACAGCUAGAAAUUAAUGGAAAAUCUGAUCAUCUUUCACAAAAUGUUGCGAGUGUAACAGCGAAAUAUAAAGAUAAAAUGAAUACAAUUAAAUCACGUUUGGAACAAACGGAUCGUGAAAGACGUGAAGCACAAUAUCGUACUGAACAAUUACAACAUGAAAUUGAACGACUUAAAAAUGAAUUAACACAUAAAAAAGAAGUUAUUUAUGAAAAAGAUAAAUUAAUACAAGAUACACAAUACAAAAGUCGAGAAAUGUUCCUUGAACGACAAUCAGCGGAAGAAAAAAUAUCAAAUGAAUAUAAAAGAUUAAAUGAACUUGAGGAUAGAAAUCGUCUACUCGAAGAAGAAUUAGAACAUAUACGACGUAGUCAGAUACUAGAAAAUAUAACAGUUCGACGAACUGAUGUUAUUAAUCUUGAUGGUGGUACAAUUGAUUCAUCAAAUCGUAUUGAAGAAUUAAGAAUGAAAAUCAACGAAUAUGAACGAAAAUUUCUGCAUGAAAAAACUAGUAAAGAAUCAUUACAAGUUCAAAUGAAAAUACUUGAAGAAGAAAAUACAGAUCUUCGAGAUAUAAUGAGUCAGAUGCGAAAGAGAACACAAGAUGAUCGACGAGAAGAUCGUGAUCGUAAUGAUGAAAUUCAAUUAUUAAUUGCUCGUGCUGAAUCAAAUGCUCGACAAUAUAUGUCAAAUUUUAAUUUAUCACCAUCACCAACAUCGACUUUAGUGAGGAUAAUGCCAUUAUCAUGA